CCUGUCCUCCUUCCUCCUCUGGUUUCUGUCGUUCUUUUCCUUUUUUAUUUUUCUGUUUUUUUUUCCUUUGUUUUGUCUCCUUCUUCAUCGUCUCCUCUCUUCUUCAUUGGUUGUUCUCAUCUUUGAUUUUCCUCCUCCUCCUCUUCCUCUGUGAUGUCAGUGUUUCUUCUUCUCUGACAGGAGGUCUCACACCAUCAUCCAUCAUCAUCAUCACCAUCAUCAUCAUCAUGGCCGACUGGACAGACUGUCUGAACUUCGGCAUCUCCAUCGCCAAACAGGCCAGUGAGGUCGUCCUGACGGCGUUUCAACUGCAGAAAGAUGUGAAACUGAAAAGUUCUCCAGCUGAUCUGGUCACAGAGACCGACCAGCGGGUUGAGAAGAUCCUCAUCUCUGCCAUCAGGAACCGAUUCCCACAGCACAGGUUCAUUGGGGAGGAAUCUGUAGCUGCGGGUGAGCGUCUGGAGCUGACUGACAGUCCCACCUGGAUCAUCGACCCCAUCGACGGGACUGUGAACUUUGUACACAGGUUUCCUUUUGUGGCUGUCUCCAUUGCCUUCACUGUCAACAAGCAGACGGAGUUUGGGAUUGUUUACAGCUUAGUGGAGGACAAACUCUUCCAUGCUCAGAGAGGAAGAGGAGCGUUCUUGAACGGAGAACCGCUGCAUGCGUCUGCACAAGAAGACAUCAGCAGCUGUGUGGUGGUGACAGAGAUCGGGGCGGAGCGUGACGACCUUGCUUUGUCCACCAUGACCUCCAACAUCUUCAGGCUGUUGAAACUGCCGGUACACGGAAUCCGUGCAUUGGGAACGGCAGCGGUCGACAUGUGUCAGGUGGCGACGGGCGGAGCUGACGCCUAUUACCACAUUGGGAUGCACUGCUGGGACAUCGCUGCAUCGGCCAUCAUCGUACAGGAGGCCGGAGGCGUGGUAAUGGAUACUGACGGCUCAGAGUUCGACAUGAUGUCACGGAGGGUCAUCGCUGCCAGCUCCGCCGCUGUGGCUAAUCGUAUCGCUCAGGUUGUUGAGGCGUUUCCCUGUCGCCGUGACGAUGAUGACCUGUGCAGAUGUGUCUGUGGAGCAUCAGGUGUAAACGGCGUGUAGGUCAGCUGACAGGAAGUCUGGCUCAGGUGUUUCUGCUGUGUGUUGUAGCUCCUGGCUGACACCAUGAGGACUGGUCUGUUCAGUCUGAAGUCUACUUCCUGAGCUGUGAGGACGCAGAGAGACACACGUUGGACACGUCACGCUGACCCUGAAAACAAAUCUGAUUUGAAAUCAAUAAAACUGAAUCAAUAAAGAAGUCUGAUCUGUCAGUUCUCCUCAGUGUGACACAUGACACAUGUAUGUUACAGUCCCCUGUCUUUAACUCUCACACACACUGAUGCUUUUCACACGCAACACGUUCACUGGCGAGUCAUGAGACAGAUGAAGGACAAC